AUGCCUACACGACCAACAACAGCAUCAGACAACUUGACGAUACACACAAGUAAUCACCAUUCUAGCUUACCGGAUUGUAUCUCACAGGGCGGAACUAUAGCUGAAUGGCAACCAAACACUUAUAAUCAGAACUCGCAUGUCAGAGUCCACAUGCCCGAUGGCAGCGACAAGUUCUUCCCAAACGUCAAACGGGAUCAUCUACAAAUGUAUCUCAACGCUGGAAAAAUGGGUAUCCAUAGUAGUAUGAUCGAAAUCAGAAGCGAAAGGAGACACGGAGGAGACAUUGACCGAGACGGACUCGAUGGAAAUGAUUAUUCUUGUUCAUCUUCUACUAGUACAUCACGUGAUAUUUAUCAGGAAUCCGAUGACGAGGAUGACAGAGAUUUUGAGAGCGACGAUGACAUGGUCAUCGAGCACCGGUUUGGACACGGCGAGCAAUUACCAAAGAAUCAGCCAUUAUUUUUGAACUUUACUUCCGACCUUGCUACGCAGCAUGUUACCAGAAAAAAGACCAAGGAUAAGAAGCAGGUUACUUACAGAGUUAAUGGAGUCAACAUUCUCAACAGGUAUGCCGAAAGUGGGAUUGAGAGAGAGAGAUGGACAAAAGCAACAUUAGUGUGGUGUAUGGAACUACAGAACGAAAACGAUGCAAUUAAAAUCGAAUUGGGUUCUCUAAAGACAUUCAAACCAAGUUCAGCUCUGUCGACUGCAAUUCCGACAAGUGUUCCUCCACAGUUGACAGCUUCAUCUACGACAUCUUCUGCUUCUUCAGGCCAAACACCCGCAAUAGGCAGACAUCAGACAUUAUUACAAAGUCACACGCCUCCAGCAUGUUCAAUAUCAUCAUCAUCGCCAAAGUCACAUCAACCCGCUAUGACAUUGCCUUCCAUAUCGAACACAGACUUGUCCGCUGAGCCAGCAAGUCCGUUGAUUCUACCUCCUCCAUCCAAUCUACUGUCUCUUGAUAAGAGGAUACCGCUCGACAUGAAAUCAAAUCUAAAGCUGGAAUCCCUUUCGCAUUCUGUUCCUUCUUCGCCUACUCUCAAGGCGUCUGUUGGGAAUGCCAAUGGGAGCAAGCCCAGCAUCAAUCAUAAUAUCAACCAUAAUGUCAAUAGCAUCAACCACAAUAUCAGCCAUAACAUCCAUAACAUCAGCCAUAACAUCAGUCAUAACAUUAGUCAUAACAUCAACCACAAUAUCAGUCAUAACAUUAGUCAUAACAUCAACCGCAAUAUCAGUCAUGACAUCAACCAACAUAAUGUCAACCACAACGUGGUUCCACCCGAGAACAUAAUUCUCCCACCAAUAACUACAGAACUUUCCAAAGACUAUCAACACUUGCGAUCACCAAGUGAAUAUUGCAACGGAAGCGCAAAUGGCGGUGGAUGUUUUGACCAUAAUAAUAGUCGAGCGUCUCUACCAUUCAAGUUUGGCAGUAUAUCAUAUGUGUUACAUAGAAAUACUGGCCAGCAGAUAUCGAGCCAGUAUUACAUGCGAUGA